CUCCAAGCAAAAGCGCACUUCAAACUCGGACUACCAUUUUCAGAGAUAAUACUCAUCGUCGGCGAAUCCCAAACAUGGCAACUCCGAAACUAGCCAUGGUCAUGGCUUUUCUUCUUCUCACGACUUCGGCCGUUGAUGUGUGCGCGAUCAGAGUGGCGAGAAAGGACUUGGGCGUGGACCUUGGAGGCAUAGGGGUCGGCAUUGGAGCCGGGAUAGGGCUAGGAGGUGGCGGCGGCGGAUCUGGAUCGGGUUCUAGCUGUGGCUCUUGCUCCGGCUCCGGCUCUGGGUCCGGCUCCGGCUCCGGCUCCGGCUCCGUCUCCGGCUCCGGCUCUGGCUCUAGCUCAGGGUCUGGGUCCGGGUCUGGCUCUAGCUCUGGCUCUGAAUCUGGCUCAUGGUCUGAGUCCGGUUCUGGUUCUGGUUCAGGUUCAGGUUCAGGUUCGGGGUCGAGCUCGGAAGCGGGCUCGCACGCUGGGUCAUAUGCUGGGUCUAGGGAAGGUUGCAAGGGGGGAUCCGAAGCAGGAUCAUAUGCCGGGUCCUAUGCAGGGUCCAGGGCUGGAUCAGGCUCGGGCUCUGGACGAGGUGGCGGAUACGGCAGGGGCUUCGGCAGAGGUGGCGGGUCGGGUGGCUACGGAGAAGGACGUGGAUAUGGAGAAGGGUAUGGGAGGGGAGGUGGAAACUGAACUGGACGAUAUUUUUCAUAUUUUUCAUCAUGCGUAGCUAAACGGUCUUAGUUCGAAGGAGAAUAAGCAUCUAAGAUCGACUCCGCACAUCGUUAUUCCAUGUGUUUUGUGUGUGUCUUCCCUUUUGGACAAGAGAUUGUGUGUUUGAAACAGUGCAGAAGUUGAUCAAAUUUCGGGAAAUUUCGGGAGAUGUCCUAGGUUGGUUGUUUGAAGGUGUCAUUCUCUUGUAUCCUAAGCAUUUUUCAUUGUUGAGAAUAAUCGAAUGAAUGAUCAUUUGAAAACCACGUUCGCUAAUAACAUCGUGGCAUGAAGUACUGAUUGCAUGUCAUGUGCGUGCUCA